UUCGGCAAACUGAGACACCGGGCAAACCGACGCCUAUUCCCGGCAAACAUCUGUCAUAUUGCGCCGAGCAAACAGAAAAGUAAUUAUAUGCGGGCCCUCAUCCCAACGAAAAGUAAGUCUUUCAGAAGGGAGAAAGUGCUACAAGGGGAAGUAUUACAUUUUCCUCGAAAAAGCAGAGAAUUGGCGGAGAUCGAGAGGCCGGAUAAUAAUCUUCAAAGCAGACUGCAGGGCAUUUUCAUCAACAGAUUGGAUUCUCUCUGGUGGCGUCUUCCGUACAGCGCACAAGUGAUUAUUCUACAGGGGACAUACAGAACUCUUCAAUAUUCCAGGGGCGGUAGGAGUUUCCACCUUUUCACACCGCGGUGAACAGGCCUACCUGCGUGAAAGAUCAGGAGAAUGUUGACCUGGCUCAGUGACUGGGUCUGGCAGGACCGGCUGUGGUUCCCUGCAGGCCUGGGUUGGGCCGACCUCAAGGACCGGGAUGGCCUAGUCUUCGCUAAAGGAAGUGAUCUCUGGGUCAUCUUCCCCAUUGCAGUAUGCUUCCUGAUUAUCCGACAGAUAUUUGAGAGGACCGUGGCCGUUCAACUCGCCUCUUUACUUAGAGUGAGGGAGAAACCUCGUGUCAAAGCUGCUCCCAACACCACACUGGAAUGUUAUUUCUGCAAUGCAUCGAAGUUCCCCUCACAGAGUUCAGUGGAGGAGUUAACUAAACAGUCAGGUUGCUCGGUGCGGCAGGUCCAGAGGUGGUUCCGGCGGCGGAGGAACCAGGAACUGCCCAGCCAGAUCAAGAAGUUCCAGGAAGCCAGUUGGAGAUUUACCUUUUACCUUCUUGCUUUCAUUGCUGGCCUGGGUGCCCUAAUUGAUAAACCAUGGUUCUAUGACAUGGAGGAGAUGUGGAAUGGCUUCCCCACACUGCCACUGCUGCCUUCUCAGUACUGGUACUACAUGAUUGAGCUGGGAUUCUACAUAUCGCUGCUCUUCAGUGUGGCAACGGAUGUCAAGCGUAAAGAUUUUAAGGAGCAGAUUGUUCACCAUGUGGCCACUAUUCUGCUGAUCAGUUUUUCGUGGUUGGUCAACUACAUCCGUGCCGGGACUUUGAUCAUGCUGGUGCACGAUGCCUCAGACUAUCUACUGGAGUCAGCAAAGAUGUUCAACUAUGCAGAAUGGAGAAAGACCUGCAACUACAUCUUCAUCCUGUUUGCAGCUGUGUUCAUCAUUACCCGCCUCGUCAUACUCCCUUUCUGGAUCAUACAUACUACGUGGGUGUACCCAUUGACCAUCUAUCCCCCUUUCUUUGGGUUCUACUUCUUCAACGGGCUGUUGUUUGUGCUGCAGUGUCUGCACAUCUUCUGGGCUGCCCUCAUCCUGCGCAUGGCCAUCAAGUUCCUGCCUGGAAACGAUAUCGUUGAGGAUGAGAGGAGUGACAGGGAAGAGACUGAUUCAGAUGAGGAGGACGAAGACCAUGAGAAAAGGAAAAAUGGCGUUGUGCAGAAUGGCAAUGGCCACACAGUGUUUAACAACAACCACCACCACAGCAAAAUGGAGUGAUUUGUUACAGAGACACCGAGGAGGAUGUGUCUGGAAUGGGGAAGAGUAACUCUCCCCACGUGGCCUAGUCCAAGAGGCCACAGUAAGGCAGAAUUGCUGGUGGAAAGGCCACAAGCAAACACACGCACACCUCUGAAUAAUAUAUACACAAAUAAUGCUAAAGAUCACACACUCCUUACGAGGCCCGGAUGGGUUUCACUGCUCUGUAGAUCACACUAGUUGGAGGGAGAGGAUGGGGAGGACAGGAAAGACGGCAAUGGAGCCAAACACAUGGUAAAACUGUGCCUUAGCAACAAACCGUUCCCUCUAUUUCUAGUCCUUAUAUUGCAAAUCAUUCACUAAGAUGCCUAGCUCUACUUGCAGCUUCCCAUCCUGCAUUAUGAAUAGCGCUAUUACUAAUUGUUGUUCACAGGGGCAUUCCUUUCCUGCAUGCUUGGUUAACGCUCGGAGUAUUGCUAGACUUGUUCAAACGCUGCCUUCUCAGUACGCUGACUCCCAUCUCAAAAAUAUAAGUGCGCCAACACUUAACACUGCCAAGAGAGAUGAGGUUCUCUUAAUGGCCACAACUUGUUACAGGUCCGUGUAAGUGUUCAAAUCACCAUGUCAGACCACUAAAGCAUACAGUAGCGAUAAUGGAAAAUGAAUAGUUUUUUGCACCUGCCAUUUUGUUAUUGGAUUGUAGUAGAGCAGCCGCUACUAUUAUUGCCAUGGCAUUCUUAUUCAACCUGGAAUGUGCUAGUGUUGUUAAGGUUCUUGGUUUAAAUGUCGUAAAACAUUAUUACGUUUUAACUGUCUAAAGAAAAGCUGGAGAGUUUGGUUUGCGUUGUGUGGAUAUUUGUUUUUUCGUUUAUGUCGGUCUCCAAAUGCAAUGGCCCUUGGGGAGCAGAAAGCACAUGGCUUGAAAUAAUAAAUUUUAAAAUGUUUUGAAAAUAA